AACACGACUUUGUUGCAACGGUGUGAAAUUCGCUUCUUUUUGGCAGUGUUUAACAAUAUCAAACCAGUGAUAUUGUUUACAUGCCUCCUUUUAUCUCGCACAAAUAAGGAUGUAGAGAAUAUUUAUGAACAGCAAAUAUGGCCCAAAAAAGUAGAUGACAAACAUUUUAAUAUCCGUUGCAUUUGUCAAAAAGAAUGCAACGGCGAACACAAUAAACACCACAUCCCCGUUUGCGUUACUAUGGCGGACCAUCGCUCUCACUACCAAACAAUUCGUCGUUCAUGGCAACGCCAAAUGUGCAAUACAAACUGUCACCGUAGGACGGCACUCGAUGCUUGGUCUUGCUUUAUCAGAGCGUUUUCGUUUGUUAGUGAAGCCGGGAUUUUUUAUCAUACCUGACAGAUAAAACAUGAGUGAAUUAAACUCGAUGGAAGUUGAUACUACAGAAACAAUACAGGACAUUGCCAUCAAGCUGGUGAUGGAGCAGCUGAGGAAUGAGUCGCGGCUAGCUACUACCCCUACGGAACGUACACUCUUCGUGCUCGGCAGCAAAGGAGUGGGCAAAUCGACAUUAAUUAAUAGAUUCCUCGAUCGAGAUGACGUGCCAAGACCAACGCUAGCACUGGAGUACUCUUUUGGCCGCAAAACGGCUUCGGGACAGGGUGCGCAGAAAAAUAUAUGCAACGUGUGGGAGCUGGGCAGUUUGGCUAACUCGAGCCAGCUAAUUGAAAUGCCCAUCCGGUCGCACGGGUUGCAGACCUUCUCGUGCAUUGUCAUGUUGGAUCUUUCGCAACCGGAUCGUCUCUGGACCGAUCUCGAAAGUGUGCUGAAUGGGUUAAAGCAGGCCACGGCAAAGCACGCCGUCGCUGGGCAGAUCGAAGAAAUGAAAGAACUGACGGCCCAGCGGAUCGGUAAAGAACAUCCCGAUCUAAGCACAUUAGAGCUGUUUCCCUUUCCAAUUGUUAUUGUGGGCGGCAAGUACGAUAUUUACCAAAACCAAGACUCAGAAAUACGCAAACACGUGUGUCGCUGUUUGCGCUCCAUCGCCCACACGCUGGGCGCUGCGUUAGUGUAUUACUCGGCUAAAAACUCGUCUCUCUCCAAGCUCGUACGGGAUACGAUGAACCAUUUGGGCUUCGGAAGUCCUUCAAAUCCCUUUCGGACGGCGUCAUUUGAUCAUUCGUCCCCACUGGCCAUACCAUUCGGUGCCGACUCUUGGGCACGCAUCGGCGUAACGCCAAGCAAUUCGGAACGAAUAGGGCUCAGCUUCAGUACGCAAAUCCCCCAGCUGCCGAUAGGAAAUGGAGGCAUUCUGCCGGACGAUCCAGCAAAGGACGCAGGAUUUAAGGAAGCUUCGAUCGACGAACUGCGCUCACAGAAGGACGAAGAGCUGAUGUAUGUGCUGAAGGAUACCGAAAUUCGGAUGAAGUUUGAAGUAGUUCAGUAAGCUUCCGCCACCACGAUUAUAGUCGCAUAUCAGGAAACUGGGUGGGUAGAUCAACGCUUUAAGCUGACAAUAAGCGGAACAUGGUGCGAUUGAACGGAACGUUACGCAAUUGAAUCUCAACAAGGUCAACACCCUGGCGAGUGAACGAUGCCGAAGGAUCCAGCGGUUCGUAGCACAAAACACGCGCAGAAGAAAAUAGCAAGUCUGUAACGCGAAUAUGAGUGGCUCCUCAGUGUGUGUGUGUGUGUGUGUGUGUGUGUGUGUGUGUGUGUGUGUGUGUGUGG